AUGGCAUGGCUGCGCAUAGCACUCACCUGGAUUUCCUUUGCUAUGAAACCAGCCUGACCACCGGACUGGGAGAGGAAGCCUUUUGUAGCCGCCUGGAGGACGACAGACCUGUGCUCCCUGAGUUAUGAUGUCGUACUGAACCUGGAAAUGUUUCAUAUAAUUGGAAGCCCAUUAGCUAAAGCAAGAGGGCAGAAUGUGACCAUAUUUUAUUUUAAUAGGCUUGGCUAUUAUCCUUGGUACACAUCACAAGAAGUUGUCAACGGUGGCCUACCCCAGAACUUCAGCUUGCAAACUCAUCUGGAAAAAGCCGUCCGUGACAUUAACUGUUACACCCCAGCUAAGGACUUCAGUGGAUUAGCUGUCAUGGACUGGGAGUACUGGAGGCCUCAGUGGACUGCAAAAGAUGUCUACAGAAGAACAUCCAGGAAACUCAUAACCAAAAUGGAAGGGAGUAUUUCAGCAAAUGAUGUUGAACAUUUAGCCAGGCUUUCCUUUGAAGAAAGUGCAAAAGCUUUUAUGAAGGAAACAAUUGCAUUAGGAAUGAAAAGCAGACCAAAGAGCCUGUGGGGAUACUAUUUAUACCCUGACUGUCACAAUUACAAUUUCUGUGAUCAGAACUACACUGGUUCCUGCCCAAAGAGUGAAGUUUUGAAGGACAACGAACUUUCCUGGCUCUGGGAUAGCAGUGCAGCCCUAUAUCCUUCCAUUGGCAUUAAGAAAUCCCUUGGAAACAGUCAAAAUAUUUUGCACUUUUCUCAGUUUAGGGUGAAUGAAUCCAUAAGGAUUUCCUCCAUGACAUCCCAAGACUAUGCUUUGCCUGUAUUUGCGUGUACUCAACUAGCUUAUAGAGAUGAACCUUCAUUUCUCUCUAUGCAAGAUCUUAUUAACACUAUCGGAGCGAGUGCCCUGGGAGCUGCAGGCAUUGUUAUUUGGCGAGAUAUGAAUUUAACUUCUUCAGAGAGUAACUGCAUAAAAGUGCAAAAAUUUGUUGAUUCGGAAUUAGGGCCCUACAUCAUCAAUGUCACAGCAGCAGCUGAGGUGCGCAACAGACAUCUUUGUCAGGACAAUGGAUGAUGUGUGUGAAGAACCUGGAGAGCUUUGACAUAUCUGCAUUUAAAUUCUAAGAGCUUCAGCAUAGAUGAUAUUGUGAGAGGAGAAGCAAUGAAUGAAGAUCUGGAAAUAAUGGCAGAGACAUUUGUCUGCCACUGUUAUCAGGGUUAUGAAGGAACUGACUGUGUGGAAGUUAAAGUUGCUGAUGACCACCCAGGGAGCUCUGAAGACUCUGUCCCACCCAGAAGAUUUGCAGUGAUCUGCCUGCUUCCUUUGCCUUUGAUAGGUCUUUUCUAA